AGUGUUAAUAGUGCCAAGAUUACCGUAUUGACGCAAUCUAUUGUACUGUGAUUAUUUAUUUAUACAUAUCUUAGAACAUCGCAAUGAUACAAGUGCAAGGAGAAAAUAAAUCAGAUGCGUUUGUUUUUUAUUUUUUCACUAGUGUGUCAUUUAGUCUUUGUGCAAAAUUGUAGUGAAUCCCCAUGAUUAGCAAUUGUUUAAGAUGAUAAUAACUUCCUGUACAGACCAUUUUUGUUGCACUAAAAUGAAAAGAAGUAAACAAUCCAGAUAAAAUGGCUGAACCGACAAAUUCUAUAAAGAUAAUAACUAAUUAUGACAAAGUCGUCUUUGGUUUAUUAGUGCAAACAAGUUGUUAAAUUGAGGAUGAUCUGCGGGUACAAUGAGUCAAUUUAAAGAAAAUAAAGUCAGACAAGUUCAUCCCAUAGAAGAGUCUAACCUUUUGUCGAAGAUCACGUUUCUAUACACCUUGCCAAUAUUUUGGAAAACUCACAAAAGAGGAACUUUCGAAGAGGAUGAACUUUAUGAAGUACUCAAGAAAUGCAAAGCAGAAGAAGCCGGAAAUGAAGUCGAAAAAUGUAUUAAAGAUGACAUAAAAAAUCAUGGAUAUUUGUCUAUUUUUCGAAUAUUAUGUAAAUGCUAUGGCUUAAAGUAUUUUGUACUAGGAAUGAUACAAGUGACUGUUAGAUCCAUAGUUAUAAUAACUAUCCCUUUGACGUUAUCCAAAGUUAUCAAGUACUUUCAACCUGGUCAAGAAGAACUAUCCAAAACCUCAGCCAUAUACUGUGCCAUACUACUUGUACUCCUGAAUUUUCUGAGUGUGACUUACCUCCACAACUACCUUCUGGUUCUAUCAGAACUGGGAAUCAAAGUACGAACAGCCUUCUGUUCCGCAAUAUUUAGAAAAUCCCUACGACUGACCCAGAAAUCGCUGUUAGAAGUGAGCUCAGGAAAAAUUGUAACUUUGAUGACUAAAGAUGUAGCAGCGAUAGAAAACUUUAUUUUCUAUUUCAAUGACGUGUGGGUGGGAAUAGUGCAAGCGGUUAUUGUGUUUUAUUUAAUAUUUAACAAAAUGGGCGUUGGGUCUUUGAUUGGAAUUGGAUUCUUCCUUUUAGUUAUUCCUGCUCAAGUUUUAUUGGGAAAGUUGACGUCUAAAUUAAGACUAGAAUCUAGUAAGAGGACUGAUGAGCGUUUGCAGACUACCAAAGAGAUGUUGUCAGGAAUCAGUACAAUAAAAAUGAAUGUGUGGGAGUAUGAAUUUGAACACAAAAUUAACCAAACCAGAAAGGAAGAAAUGAAAGCAAUAUUAAAAAUAUUUCUUGCCAAAACCACUGUUCUGCUAAUUGGAAGUCUGACAUCAAAAAUAGCCUAUUACCUACUUUUAACCACUUUCAUCCUUUUGGGCAAUACUAUUUCAGCAGAGCUGGUAUACUACAUCACGACUUUAUUUUUAAGAAUAAGACAUGCCCUUAAUGUUGCCAUACCCAUGGGAGUUACCGUCACAGCUGACAUGUCUGCAGCUGUGAAAAGAAUUCAGCAGAUGAUGACUGCUGAAGAAGUAAUUGUUAACGACGAAAUUGAGGUUAACCGAAAGAAAGCACAUGUUUUACUAAAAAAUUUAUUAAUUGAAGUGGAUGGUAAAGUACUUCUAAAAAAUAUUACUUUAAAUUUUGAUUCAGGUCUUUAUGUUAUUAGUGGAUCCACUGCUAGUGGUAAAACGGUUCUUUUAAAAAGUAUUUUGGGCGAAUUUGAUACAAAAAAUGAUCAAGUAAUUAAAUAUGGAACUAUUUCUUAUGCUGCACAAGAACCAUGGAUUUUUCCAGCAACUUUUAAACAAAAUAUUGUUUUUGACGAGGCUUUUGACGAAAAACGUUAUAAUAAAAUUUUGGAUAUAUGUGCUUUGGGUUUUGAUAUUGAUCAUUAUACCUUAGCGGACGAUCUUAGAAUAGGUGAUAAAGGUGCUAACCUCAGUAAAGGACAAAAGUCAAGAAUAAAUUUAGCAAGAGCUUUGUACCGAAACGCAGACAUUUACUUAAUAGAUGAUUGUUUAACCUCUCUAGACGUCAAUGUUCAACGCCACGUAUUUCAAAAGUGUUUCAGAGAGUUCCUGGUAGAUAAAAUAUGUAUCUUGGUUACUCAAAAUCUUCAAUAUACCAACAAAAAUGACAAAAUAAUUAUAUUGGACGAAGGUAAAACAUUUGCAUCACAAAAUUUAGCCAAAGAAAAUGACGUGGAUAUAAAAACUGUUUUAAAACAGGAGCAACAGAUGAAAAAUCUGAUUGAAGUUAAUGACAACGCUGAUGAGGUUAACAAUGAUGAAACAACCGAAGAAUCUUCGCUGUUAAAGAAAUCAAAUAAUGAAAAAAAUAAUAUGUAUCAAGAAAAUAAAAAGUCUGGAAAAGUUGAUUUUUAUACCUAUAGAAAAUAUGGUAAAUAUGGUGGAGGACUUUUAGUCAUUGCAAUUGUAUUCGUAUUUUUUAUUGGCUCACAAUUUUCAAAAAGUUAUACUGAGAAGAUUUUAAGUAACUGGGUAAAUCACAUUCAUCACAACACAACUGAUAUCAAUGAAGAAAAUACGGUGUGGGAUUUUUCUUUAAAGAUAUAUUCAGCGUUUACAUUGUCCACUACGAUUCUCUCCAUAUUUUCAGCCUUUUUGUUAUUUAAUUUUACGAGAAAAGCUUCUUUAAGAUUACAUAGGUACUUAACUAACUCUGUAAUUAAUGCAACUAUGAAAUUUUUUGACAAGCAUUUCAUUGGAAACAUUAUUAAUCGAUUUUCGAAGGAUCUCAGCAUUGUAGAUGAACAAAUUCCUUUUGCCAUAUAUGAAUUUUUAGAAAUUGUUUUGGGUUUAUGCGGAGUAAUUAUUCUAAUAACAUUAGUAAACGUUGCGUUCAUUAUACCCACUGCUGUAGUUUUUAUAUUUUUAUAUUUUUUAAGAAAACUUUACUUGCCAACUGGUCGAAAUCUGCAGAGACUGGAUACAGCAGUUCGAAGUCCAAUGCUUGGUCACUUAAACUCAUCUCUGGAAGGACUUUCAACCAUUAGAGCAUUUAAAGCCGAAGAAACCAUUAGCAAAGAAUUUGACAGACAUCAAGAUUUAUAUACAUCUGCAAACUAUACUUCAAAAUGCUGCCAGAGAGCUUUUGGAUACUAUUUGGAUGUAUGUUGUACUACAUUUAUUGGUGCUAUUAUUGCAGCGUUCAUCGUGGUUGGCAAAGGUUCAGGAAAGUCUUCAUUGAUAACUUUAUUACUUCGGCUUUAUGAUUACGAAGGAAAAAUCACCAUUGGCAACAAAGAUAUACAAAGUCUUCCACUUACAUUACUUCGUUCAAAAAUAUCCAUAAUUUCUCAAGAUCCUGUGCUUUUUUCUGGAACAAUAAAAAGCAACGUCGCACCUAAAGGUUUGGAUUUGUACUCAGACGAAGACAUUUGGAAGGUUAUCCAUAAACUUGAGUUAUCAACAGUAAUAGAUUCUCUGGAUUUUGAAAUAUCUGAAGGAGGAAAAAAUUUAAGCGCUGGACAAAGGCAACUAAUCUGUCUUGCACGAUGUUUGUUGCAUCAAAACAGAAUCAUUAUUCUAGAUGAAGCAACUUCAGAGAUGGAUCAGAAAUCUGAGUCUUUAUUCAACAACGUUUUGGAGAAACAAAUUUUGGACGAAUUUUGUACAGUUAUAGUGGUGGCCCAUAGUCUAAAAACUAUUCUUAAUUGUGAUAGAGUCCUAGUGGUACAAAAUGGAGAAAUUAUUGAAAAUGGCGCCGUUAGUAUUUUGGCACAAGACGAAGGUAGCAUAUUUUACAAUAUGCUAAAGAGUUCUGGAUUAUUGACUUUAUGAUGUUAUGAAUUGAUAAUAUUCCAGCAACAGUAUUUUUAAACUAAAUAUGUAUCAUUAUUUAUCUUAUAUAAAUGUUGAAACAAUAAAAUAUUAUUUUC